GUUUGAUUGGUGUGUGUGCCAGCAGCACAAGGAAAUGCGAUGGCCUUGGCGUCCCUUGGGUUCGCACUUUGAUUUCCCAGCUCUAGUAGUUAGUCCGAUGAAAUAGCAGGUCUUUGUUCACCUCAGACUGAUGGUCCAAACAGCAAUGUUCUUAAAGAAACGUACAUUAUCUGACUAAAAGUGUCUGGUCAGCAGUAGGUGAAGAUAGUUUUGAUGGACUUCCGAUAAUCAAGCCACAUCCCUCUCCAAGCCCAUUUAAAGGCGGUAGAUGUUUACAGAAGAUGCAGAAGACAGAUGAAAAAUGACCCUGUCUUGAGAGUGAGGCCUGUAUUUGCAUAGUUCUUGCUAAAUUCUGGAAUUUGCUCUCCAAGGAUUAUCUUCCUGGGUCGUGACAAUUUAUUAUCUGUUUGUGUUCAAUGGGGCAACGAAUUCACUUUGUGGUUGACCCUCAGGGUUGGUGCUGCUUGGGCCUAAUUAUCUUUGUCUGGCUGUACAAUACAAUCUUCAUUCCAAAGGUCAUCCUUUUUCCUCAUUAUGAAGAGGGAAAUAUUUCAGUUGUGGCAGUUUUGUGUUAUUACUUCUGCUCGUUGUUUUGUAUAGCUUCAUUAUUUAGAGCCUCAGUAGCAGAUCCAGGAAAACUACCUGAAAAUCCAAAGAUACCAAUUACAGAACGAGAACAUUGGGAGUUAUGUAACAAAUGCAAUAUGAUGAGACCAAAGCGAUCACACCAUUGCAGUCGCUGUGGACAUUGCGUGAGGAGGAUGGAUCACCACUGUCCAUGGAUUAAUAAUUGUGUUGGUGAAGACAAUCACUGGCUCUUUUUACAGCUGUGUUUCUACACUCAGAUCCUUAGUUCCUAUACACUGAUACUUGACUUCUGCCAUUACUACUACUUUUUGCCUCUGAAAAAAGAAAACUGGGAUGUGUUUGUAUUUAGACAUGAACUUGCUCUCCUAAGAAUAUCUGCCUUCAUGGGUCUAAUAAUAUUAGGUGGAAUAAGUCGACUCUUUUACACUCAGCUAGUGGGUAUUUUCACUGACACUACAAGUAUAGAAAAAAUGUCAAACUGUUGUGAAGACAUAUCGAGGCCCCGAAAGCCAUGGCAGCAGACCUUCUCAGAAGUUUUUGGCACUCACUGGAAGAUCCUGUGGUUCAUUCCUUUCAGGCGGAGGCAACCACUGCGAGUUCCCUACCACUUUGCCAAUCACGUCUAAACAGAUGGAUGGUGGGCACAGAUGCGUCCUCCAUGCUGGAAGUGCAUUACAGGUUUUAUGAUAAUAGGACUAUGACAGUCUUCAAGUCAAUUAAAAUCCAGUUGUAGGCAUCAUAGUGUGCCCUGGGCAUUAUUUUAGUUAUGGUCUUCAUUUUAUUCUGAAAUUAACGCAAGUUAAUCAACUUCAGGCUUAUUUACUUUAAAAUUGGCUUUCCAAAGAGAAUCCUUUUGUCUUCGAGGUUAAUACCAGAAGUAAGCAACUGAAAUGUAGUCUUCAUCCA